AUGUCUACUACUCGUCCUCCUCACAUUCCUAAUCAUAAAUCAACAAAACCUUCGCUCUACAGAGCAGGUCAACGAAAGCAAAAUUAUCUUCAUAAGUUUCAAGCCGGCACUACUACUACAUGGUCUGGUUAUACAAAUUUUACAGGAAAAUCUUUACUCAACUCAAAUCAACAGACUCAUCAUCGUUCAAAAAACUCAAUUGAUAUUCAACCAAAAUUACCUACUUCACAUUUAUUCCAAGAUAAACAUACAUCACCAUAUUUGAGUCUUAUGUCUAUUAAUCCAGAUGAUAUCUUAUUCAAACAACCACCAAGAAAAAAGACUGUUUCAAUACAACAAGCAUAUCAAAUUUACCAAAAUCAUCAACAUCAAAUACCGAAGAACAUUUACCAUCGUCAAUACCAUAAAAACGGAAAAAUUCAUCAAUCUCGAUCUCAAUCUCAAUCUCAAUCUCGAUCUCAAUCUCAAUCUCAAUCUCGAUCUCAAUCUCAAUCUCAAUCUCGCUCUAGAUCUCGAUCAAAUCAUCGCCAUCAAACAAAUGAAUUAUAUGCCACUCGUCAUACUCAUUUUAAUAACAACAGACAUUCUCAUGAUAACAAUUUUUAUCGUCGAAAAAACUCCUAUUCUCGUUCUCAUUCUCGUUCACAUUCAUAUGACAAAGUAUCAAUGUUACAUCAAUCAAGAAAUCAAUUAAAAAUAACACCUCCAACAAUAACAUCAACAUCAAAACAUAAAAUCAUACAUGGCAUUAUCUUAUCUGAUUCGAUGGCAUCAAAGUGUCGAACAUUCAAAAUUAAUACACCAAAUGUAAUUCAUGUUGAACUUAUUGCUAAAUCAGGAUACAAUUGUGAAAAAAUGGCAGAUUGGAUGUUAUCAAUAGAAGGUAAAAAUAAGAUAAAUGGUAAUUCUGUGGUUCUUUUUUCUUUAGGAACAAAUGACAUAGCACAACUUGGUGUCGAUCUUACAUUAAAACGUUGUGAAUGGCUUGUCGAAUAUACACGUCGAAAUUUCCCUUGCAUCCAAAAGAUAGGAUGGAUGGCACUAUCUCCACACUGGAAAUCAUCACGAUUCUUUACAGGAAAUGAAUUUACAACUCUUCAUCAAGAAUUUAACAAUCGAUUACAUCUAUUAUCGAAGAAAAUAAAUAUUGAUAUCGUUGAUGCACAAUUACAAGUAGAAGAUAUAAGAAUACAAGACGGUCUACAUCCAACAUUAUCAUCUGGUCGACAAAAAUUUGAAAAUGUACAACGACGAUGGUUCUUCCAACAAGCAACUUAUCUCUCUAGAACAACUGUACAACAACAAACAACACGCACUAUAACAACAGCAACAACAAACAACAAUAACUUGAUUAGUUCACAACAGCAACAACGACAACAACCAAUAACAACUACACGGCAAGUACAACUCAAUUCUACACAACCCUUUAUAGUAAACUACAAAAAAACUGAGAAAAUAAAUUUUCGUCACCCAUGUUUACCAAGUAGACAGUCGAUAAAGUACUAUCCACAUAAACUGAAACAUCCAAAUCAAUUAUUCCGUGACAGUACACCACCAGAAAAUAUUGACAAAGAUAAAGUCUUUCUUAUUGCAAAUUUAUAUUAUCAAUAUCGACACUUCGAAGAAGAAACAAAAAAAUGGCGAGAAUAUGAAAGAGUAGCCUCUUGCAAAGAAACACCAAAAGAAAGAACGGUCCGUUUUGCUAAUGAUGAGACAUAUAAUCAUCGAAAUAACGGUAGUAUCAAUAGAGAAAUACCUGAAAUUCGUACGGGACCAACUUCUCCAAGAUGGUCAGGAAACGAAACCUUUGACAGCGAAACUAACGAUGAAAGCAGACAGAAAACAAAGAAAAAAAGAAAAUUAAGUGAUACAUCUUUAUCACCGAUUGGAUUUAAUGUACGAACAAGAAAAGAUACGAGUAAUAUAGAAGUAGAUGAGGAUGAUCAAGAACAAUUAACUGAGCACUACAAUCCUCUAACACAAUCAACACCAACUAGACACAAUCAAAAUCAGUCCCCAAAUUCAUCAAUAUAUACACAACGUGUAAUACGUCGACCAUCGACAAGCAUAGAAAUUCAGUCGCCAUCUGUGGUUUCAAAAGAUACACAUAUAGAACAACUUCAUUCAUUUGACUUUUCUAUCAUACCAUUUGAAUGCAAAUACAUUCUUGGUAAUAACUGCAAUGCAGAAUCGAUAAAGAUGCAUCGUACCUUUCUAGAAAAAACAACACAACAAAUGGAAACAAAGUUGAACAAUGAAAUGAGCAAAAUACCAAUAGGACAAGGACGAAUACUUAAACAAUACAUCAUCAAUAACAUCGAUCCGCUCAUAGAGAGUCUCAAAGAAAAAAAUCGCAAACGUCUUGAUAAUUUGAUUCUAGAUCUAAUGAAAGAGAAAGCCAUGCGAGAAAUAAAAAUGAAGUGUGAGACACAUGAAUUUGAACAAAUAAAGAAGCUAGAAGAACAAUACAUGAGAAUGUUGAAUCUACAAUUUCAACAUAAAAAAUUAGAGAAACGAAUGAAUUUGAAUAUGCCACCCCCUUAUCUGAAUGCCAUGGACAAGUUACAAUUAUAUAGCAAAGUAUUAGAAAAGAAUGAGAUAGAACAAUUCACAGAACAAUGGAACAAUAUAAUUCGACAUGCAAAGAAAGAUUUUACAUCUAUCAUGAUAAUGGCAAAAAUUGCCGAAAUUGAAAAAAUAGAGAAAAAUUAUAAAGAAUCACUAGAAACAUUGCCAGAAUAUAUUCGAGAACAAUUUGAUGUUCUCAUUCAUACAACUAAGACAAGACAAGAUCAAACUGUAGAAAAAAAGAUUCAUUUUUUAGAACAAAAAGCCUACAGAAUGGGAAAAACAUGAUAAAAUCAAAGAAGCAGAAAAAAGUACAUCCAUAUUACACUUCCCUUACUUACCCACCUCAAGUUAAUAAUAAAGCACUACUACUAACAGAUGCAGAACGUAGAAUUUUGAAUUAUGGUCCUAAAUUUGUUCCACAAAAUCCAAAGCAGACCUUGCAAAGAUUAGAAAACGAAAUUGAUGUGAUGAAAGAAAAAGUAGCAGCCGCAUGGCGACGAGAAACAAGAACGGUUGGUAGAAAUCCAGAAAUAGUGAAUCGCUUUUGUGAACGUAUCGAAAAAGAAAUUCGAACAACUCUAUCAAAGGAAAAGAUGGUAGAUCCAAAAACGCUGAAGAUAUUAGGAAAUUUGAAAAAAGCACAAAGAGAAAAAAAAGUCAUCAUUCGUCAAACUGAUAAAUCUAAAGUAUUUCAUCUAGAAAAACCUGAAGUACAUAUAGAAAAAUCAACGAAAUACAUGUCAAAGAUGAAUGCUUAUAAAGAGAUAGAUAAAUCACCUUUAGAAGAUAUGAUCAAGAGUACAGAAGAACUUUUAGUUGAUUUAGUACGAAGGAAACUUUUACCAUCAAAAUAUCUUGAGAAACUAAGACCAUCCCGAAAUGACUCAGAACUUGCACACCUCAACUAUAAUCCCAAAGAUCAUAAAAUUGGAGAACCCUUACGUCCAAUUGUAGCCAGAAUAAAAUCGCCUACUUCAAAAAUUUCAUCUUUCUUAGACCGAAUAUUAAGACCUAUUUUCGAUAAAGUAACACCGUACAGUUUGACCAAUUCAAUUGAUCUUUUGAACGAUUUGAUAACAUUUGAAACAAAUGAAAAGACAAAAUUAUACACUUUCGACAUUACUGACUUAUAUACAUCGAUACCACAACACGAAGCAAUCAUGACGAUUUGCGAAAUGUUAGGACAGCAUAACAUAAGAAAGGUGAACGGUGAGAUACCGAUAAACACUAUUCGCAUCCUAUUGAAACAUGUACUGAAUAAUUCCUACUUCACACUCCAACUACCAGGACAACCACCGAGAUUCUUUCAACAAACGAGAGGGGGAGCAAUGGGAUCCGCUUGUACUCAAGUUCUAGCAGACGUAUAUGUACAAAAAUGGGAAAAAUCACUAGUUGAACAACAACAAGCAGAAAAACAGCUCUACCGCAGAUUUCGAGAUGAUGUUUUCUUGACUACACAAAAGACAGUUGACGAAAUGAACAAAAUAUUAACCGACUUAGGAAAAAAAGACCCUAACAUAGCUAUAACUUUUGAGACAGGUCAGUCUAUUGAUUACUUAGAUGUCAGAAUAACUGUCGAAAUACCUAAUUUUCGAACCAAAGUCUGUCGAAAACUCGCUGCACAACCAUACAUACUACCAUUUCAUUCCUCACAUCCACAACAUAUCUUUCAAAAUAUACCAUUCUCAGCAAUACUCAGAGCUACUCGCAUAUGUUCACAUAGGGAAGAUUUGAAGGAAGAAAUUCAAAAAAUUCGAAUAAUUUUACUACUUAACAAAUACCCACCUAAAUUUAUUGAUAAACAUAUAAAUCGAUUUUACAAAACCCUCACAGGAGAAAGCGGACCAGAAUUAUUAUUUAGUGAUCAACACAAAAAGUUCCGUGAGACAGUGCUAGAUAUACAAUGUAAUAAAAAACCAAAACAAAGAAUCGACUUCAACAGAGAUGUGCUAGUCCACUUUAUAUAUAGCCCAUCAUUAGCACAAUUUGGAGCCAAAUUUCACCAAAUUUGGCAUGAAAUUUUCAAAUCAACACCAUUAGAAGAUGUGCCAGUAAUAUAUGCAAAUCGGCUCACAGACAAUUUGAGUAAAAUCCUCAUACGCAACAAACCACAAAUAAGUAACAAAAAAAUACUACCCGCUAAAGAUACAUAAUUGUUCACUAUACGAGUAGAAACUAGUAUUACCUAAAGAGUAAAAAUAAACA